CGCAUGGCUGUGUGCUCGAUUUUAUACACCUAUCAGCAACGGUUCUGGCUGAAAUCCACUAAUUUGAAGGGAUGUUCAAAUACUUCUGGCCAGGUAGUGUAAGAUACAACAAAUUGAACAAAAUCAAAACGUCUGGGAGUUGAGACAAGAAUGGAGGUAGAAUGUCUGAGUAGUGGAGAGAGGAGGAAUAAUCUUGUCCACAGACAGGGAGGUCGUUAAUGUUAUUGUUUGCAAAUACAAUGAGUUGGCUAUACGAAAUAGCACGGAAACACUGAUUUGCCCCGCGGUUAACAUCAAAACACGUAUUUAAGCAAAUUACAUUCUAUUUUGAGGAGGGCGGGUGGACAGCUUGGGAACCUCCCACUGGCUUCCAGUCACCAUGGAGAGCGCGGCGCGCGGGGUCCAUAUAUAACCCAGAGGUGAAACUGAAUCAUCAGAGCCCCAACUAUGUGUUUUGUGCCCAACAGUUAGGUUACUGUGUCUAUGUAAAGUAGGUUAGCUAGGCAACCCAUGUGAGGUGAAUUACGGAAAGUAUUGAGGGGACACAGACACACGCAUGUGAGGGAAGUUGGAACAUUUUCUGUUUUUAUCGGGAGUUCAGCAGGAGAGCGAGAGUAACACUUCAGCACAACGCUAGCUUCAGGCCCUGGAGGGAAGCAUGUGGCUCCUGGAGAAGUUCCGUGGCCCUCACAAUGGUCACUCUGCAUCGGCAGGGGACAAGCAGCAGAACCAGACUGGCCCCGUCUCCGUCUAUAACAACAUCAUCACCCCUGAUAAGAUCCCUGACUUCUUCAUCCCCCCCAAACUCAUCUGCUGCCCUUCAGAGGCAGAGUGCCUAACUCCGGAGACCCAGCCCCGCUCUACUCUGUGCCCCUCCGCCUCAGAGCACACCAUCUGCAGCCAAACCCAGGGCAACUGCACCCGGAACUCCCGCAGCCCACGUCUGCUCUCCCAGCUGACUGGGGACACCCGCAGCCUCUUGAGGGCCGCUAAUCGCCACGUCAUCCAGAUAGAGAGCGCUGACGACCCGGGGAGCGGGGUAGGGGAGGGGGGAGACCCUAACACCAAUGCAGACCCCCAGUCCCAGACAGCCAUGUCCCUGCCUUACGUCCCCAAAGCCCAGACCUCGUACGGUUUCUCCACGCUGGUGGAGAGCCCCCACACCCGCCGCAAGGAGUCCCUGUUCCACAGCAACCCCAACAGCCCCCACACCUCCCCGGGCUCCCAGAGACGCACCCAGGGUGGGAACCACCUGACCCCCUCCGACCCCAACCCUUACCGCUAUUUCAGCGGGGGUGAGAGCGACACGUGCUCCUCAGCCGAGUCCUCCCCCUAUACCUCCCCUCUCCUCACCCGCUCUGCCUCCCUCCUCCGAUCCAUCACCCAGGAGACGCAGGCCAAGGUGUCUCGUGCCAAGCGUACCCUGGCGCGCCACAGCUCCCUGUCCACAGACGAGUGCAGCUCAGCCGACAACAGCCCCAACCUGACACGCCGCCGCCUGCGCUGCCCUCCCUCCCCCGCCUUCCGCGGACGCAAGGGGACCGGCUCCGGGGGGGCAAGUUCAGACCUCCAGCGCGAGCACUCGGUCAACCUCCACAAGGGCGGCACGCUGAGAAUCAGCAUGCACUACGACGCCGAAACGGCCCGGCUGAGGGUCCGAGUGCUCGCCGCCGAGGACCUGUAUGACAAACAGACGGACGUGAAGAGCAUCAACUGCUGCGUGUCUCUGUACCUGAACCCAGGCAAGCAGCAGAAGCAGAGGAGCACCAUCAUCAAGAACAGCAGGAACCCCGUGUUCAACGAGGACUUCUUCUUUGACGCGGUGCCCGUCACCCAGGUCAAGAGCCUGGCCAUGAAGAUGAAGGUGGUGAACAAGGGGACCAGUCUGAAGAGAGACCUGCUGCUGGGGGAGAGGGAGGUGCUGCUCAGCGACCUGCUGCCAGGCUUCUAGGGACACAAAGAUGCUCCCUCCCCUGGUUAUCUCCCUUAUCACUCUUCACUCGUUUACUCCAUUUGCCUGAUCUGAUAGGGAAUCAUUUAUGGUGGGCACUAGGUAGAGCUAUUGCUUCACAGUUCACCUACCACAGUUCACCUACCACAGUUAACCUACCACAGCACACCUACCACAGCGCAUUUACCACAGCACACCUAACACAGUUCACCUACCACAGCGCACUUACCACAGUUCACCUACCACAGCUCACCUACCACAGUUCACCUACCACAGUUCACCUACCACAGCUCACCUACCACAGUUCACCUACCACACCACACCACAGCACCCCUACCACAACAUACCUACCACACCACAGCACACCUACCACACCGCACCUACCACAGUACCCCUACCACACCACAGCACCUACCACACGUAACACAGCCCCCUACCACACCACAGCACCCCUACCACAGCUCACCUACCACAGUUCAGCUACUACCCAGUCAAGUCAGAUCUGUGAAGGGGUUUGAACAAGAACAAAGGGGAGCAGACAACUUGUUGGAAUGAAAUGCGUCCAGGCUGUUUCUUCUGUCUGGAUUGACUGAGAUUGACUGAGAUCAAACCCUGUGGUGGAGCGCUUUAGUGAAAUUGGUCACCUUGGAGACCAGCAUGUAGCAGAUCAGAGUGAGGAGGUCUGUGUGUGUAUGUGUGUGUGUGUGGGGGGGGGGGGGGGUUCUCCACAUUGUGGGUUUGAUUUCAUUCUAACAUCACAUUAUCUUACCUAUUGACAGCAGUAGUAAAGCUAGGUUUUUCUUGCUACAUCUCCCCUCUUUAUGUUGUAUUGCUGAACUGUCUUUAUUGAUUCACUUGAGGGUAUAUUCAUAUUGUGUUAUUCAGUACAUGUGCAGUAGCUGGGUUCCAUAUCAGAAGUGAGGAAGCUGGAUGAUACUAGUGUGAGCUGUUAACAGUAUAUUUUGUAGUUAUUCUGUACUUUUACCAGAAUGUCAUUUUGCAUGCUCUUUGUUCUUAAACACAUGUAUCAUGAUCAAUGGAAGAUUCCUUAGUUUUAAUUAAGAGCUGUAAAAUCAGAAUCAGUGUUAGAUUGAACAUAUGGAUAUGAUUGAUGUUUGUGUGACACGUUGACUUCUAUCUAUUAAAAAGCUCUAGAUCUUC